UCUGGCUACGCCCCUACGCGCGCCUUCUCUUUAUAACUGUCCCGAAACAGAGAGAGACAGGCAGCAAAUUCCUACCUCAGCGUCCGGACUGCAAUCUUCAUAUACAUCGUCAGAACUGUUAUAAUUAGAAAGUCACAGAUGAACAUGUACCAGGCCGACUUUAACCUGGAGGAUUUCAGAAUGCAGGAAGUCCCAGCUGGAUUUGACUUUGGGUCAUAUGAUGGUGAAGACCUCUCAUUGCUGAUAGAUACCAAUGGGUCAGUGCAGCAGCAGUAUGCAAUGAGCCAUGGGGAACAUCCAAAAGUUCUCAGAUCAUAUGACCAUAAAGUUGGUUUCAGUAACUCCACUUCACUCAGAUUGGAUCCAUACUCUGAAUUCAACUACUGGGCAACUUGUACAAAUGGUACUACAACUCUGGACAACUUCCAAGUGGGAUUUCAGGGGUCUGGACCCACCUAUCAGAAUCUGCUGCCGCCUUGUCCUCAAACACAGAAUGGGGGGGGGUUCAGCUCCAAAGUGGUGGCUGAACAAGGCCAUUACCGUCCAGGGACAGAAAGUUACCAAGAGGAAGCCAACAGCAUGACUAAUCUGGAGCACUUGGAUCCUGACAGAACCCACAUUCACUGUAGUACCACGAGGUUUGAGACGGAUCACCAGAAAUGCUUCUGGGCUGACUAUCCAUCUCCUAGCUAUUGCCCACCUCCAGAAGGCCUACCUCCAUCUUGUACCUCGGCUGCUGACUCUCAGUCCUCUGAUCAACACUGCCCUCAAGUGGUGAAGCACAGAAGUACAGCCUCUCUAAAAACAGAAUCAAACACUGAAAUGACUGAAAUGUCAGCUUACACAGGCUCAGGGCCAGUGCAACUGUGGCAGUUUCUGCUUGAACUCCUCCUGGACUCUGCCUGCCGUUCUUUCAUUAGCUGGACAGGAGAUGGCUGGGAAUUCAAGAUGUCUGACCCUGCUGAGGUAGCUAAGCGGUGGGGUCAGUGCAAAAAUAAGCCCAAGAUGAACUAUGAGAAGCUUAGCCGUGGCCUACGCUACUACUACCACAAGAACAUCAUCCACAAGACAGCAGGAAAGCGCUAUGUGUAUCGUUUUGUAUGUGAUGUGCAGGGCAUGCUGGGAAAAACCGCUCAGGAAGUUCAGAACUGUUUAAAUAUUUCACCCGUAAAUCUGCCCUCACAAUAUAUAGCACCUGCUGUCCCACACCAUGAGACAGAAGAACACAGAGAAAGCAUGGUUGACCCAGUAGAAUGAAAACACAAUCACAGUUAUUAAAUUACUAGGGUCAGCAGAACAUGUGAUUUCUAGAAAUGAAGUUGAUGAAGGCUCUGGAACUUCCUUACUGAAACUGUCAAAUUAGUGCAUGCCACCUGCCCCCAUGGUGUUCAGUGUUUCAGAGGGUCCCUGGAUCAACAUUUUAUGUCAGAUCACUUACAUAGCAUUUAGAAUCACAAAUUGGGAGAAACAUAAUCAUUUUCACCCAAGCAAUUUGAGUUAGUGGCAUAUGACAGUCCAAAUUUAGAGUGACAAUCAAAAGGUGAGUCACACCUGCUUUUAUAUUUAACUAUGUUAUUCACCUUAUGGUAAAAGGCCUCAAGGUGACGACGUAAUGCAAAUCAAAUACUGUAACGACCAAAAAAACUGUGUUCAAUACGUUAAAUUUUUCUCAAAUAUUAGACUCUUGUGGGGGCCAGGUGAUCUGUCACAGCACUCCAUCUCUUUCCUUGUUCACACGAUAAUACUUGCUACAUAACCUCAAGGUGUGCUUAGGGACAUUAUCUUGGUGAAAAACAAAUUAUUUUCAGUAGGUGUGUCCAGAUGUUUGACUGGUACUGUACCUAUCACUGUUUAGGAUCAAAUUACUUCACCUAACUCUGAAGUCUGAACUCUAGCUUACUAACUCUUCUGCUGAAGCACAAAUAGAACUGAUAGAACUGUAAACUGUAAACCCUUUUUAUAUCUGUUGUAUAAAGUUAUGAAGUGAUAUUAACAGCAUCAACAAUUUUGAUCUUUGACAAAGAACCAGUUAAAAAGAGGAUCAUAGAUAUGCACUAACUAUAUGUUUACUUAAUAAUCAACUGGCUGUAUUGAUUGUAUUUUAAAACUGAAGAAUUGUUUGUUAUAAUCUGUUUCAAAAAUGUAUUGGAAGUAGAAAACUUUCAGUAAAUAAUAAAAACUGUGGAAAUUCCAGA